UGAAUUUUUUUCCUCAAAGCUGGGUAAUGCGGCUAGGGUCCCAUCCAACUGAAUAGAAAAUCGCACCUCUGAUCGCAAGCUCAUUAGGCACUGAGCUUCACAUUAUUUGAGGCUGGAGCCAUGAAGUUCAAAGUCAAUGCCAAAUUACUCCCUGUGAAGGCAUGCUACUUCUUCUUUUUUGGAGGUGUGGCACCAAUACUGCCAUUCCUGCCAGUGUAUGCACACCAGCUGGGUGUGUCAGAGGUGGGUGUGGGCACCAUCUACCUGGCACUGCCCGUGCUGGCUUCGCUGAUGCGGCCGCUGGUGGGCGGGCUGGCCGAUGCCACACACCGACACAAGCUGGUGUUCCUGCUGCUGCUGACCGUGACAACGGUCGGCUACGCGGCGCUGCACUUUCUGCCGCCGCUGCCGGCUGCGCCGUCGGCCCUCUCAGCUGAUGUGCAGCUGGACUGCGGCGGCCAGACGUUCGUGCGCGUGUGCGCUGGGCAGCACCCCUCCUGCCACGCCCAGCAACUCGCGGCCGCCGCGCACAACGCCACCGCCUUGUGCCAGCUACAGUGCGACCAGUGGCCCGACUGCGGCUCGGCCUGGUGCCGCUCGGCGUCCGUGGCGCCGCCGCCGCUGCAACUGCAGCUGGACCUGAAUGGCGCCGACCUGGAGGGCCGCUGCCUCUUCCUGCCGGUGUGGAACGUGUCGGGUGGCGAGGGGCCUCACAGCCGUCCGACCUGCCGCAGUGCUCAGACAGUCAGCUGUCGCCUCAGCUGCGACGACGCGACGCUCAUGAAGGCGCUUGACGCCAAAGCGGUCGACACGGGCGCCUACUAUCGCACCAGCCAGUUCUGGUUGAUGGUCUUGUUCCUGGUGCUGGCAUGGGUGGGCACCUCGCUGAGCGUGCCGCUGGCGGACUCCAUCGCCUUCAAGCUGCUCGACGAUCCGGCUCGGUACGGCUACCAGCGCGUCUGGGGAUCGAUCGGCUGGGGUGCCUUCAGCUUCCUGUCUGGCUACCUGGUGGACGUGGCCAGCGCGGGCCGCCACGCCAAGGACUACUCCCACGCCUUCUACCUGCUCGUCGGACUCAUGGUGCUGAACAUCAUAGUGUGCACGCGGCUGCGGGUGUCGUCUCUGAAGGAGGCGCGGCCCAAGUUCCGGGCAGGACUAGGGGCGCUGCUGCGACGGCCACGUGUCCUCCUCUUCCUGCUCAGCUGCUGCGUCGUCGGCACCAUGACCGGCGUCCUCUGGACAUUCUUCUUCCUCCAUCUGCAGGACGUGGCCCUGGCGUGGGAUUGUUCGGCUUACGAGUGGAUCAGCAUCAUCUCCGGAGGUACCCUGCUGGUGCAAUGCUUCUUCGGAGAGGUGCCCUUCUUCUUCAUAUCGGGCUGGAUCAUUGGAAAACUGGGUCACGUUCACACGCAAACGGUGGUGCUGCUGGCGUUCGGCGUGCGCUUCCUGCUGUACUCGCUGCUGCGCAACCCCUGGCUGGUGUUGCCCGUGGAGCUACUGAACGGACUGACGUUCGGCCUGUUCUACGCCAACAUGGUGGCGUACGCCGGCGUGAUCGCACCGCCAGGCAUGACGGCCACGCUGCAAGGCCUGGUGGGCGCGUCGUUCGAGUGCGUGGGGGUGGCCAUCGGCAGCGGCAC